GUCAUGCCUAAGGGAGGUAAGAAGAGUGGAAAGAAGAAGGGGGGGAAGAAGAAGUCAAGCAAGUUGGCAAAUAUGACUGAGGAGGAGAGGAUUGCAUAUGAAGAACAGAAAGCUUUGGCUGAGGAAGAACUAAGGAAAAAGAAGGAAAACAUGUUGACACAAUUUCUAAAAGAUAAACUAACAAAGGAGGAGAGAUCUACAAAGUUCAACAUAAAUAAGCUGAACCAUCAAUGGAGGAACAUUAUGAGAGAAAACAAGUCCAAAGAACUGAAAAAAGACCUGGAGAUUCUCAGUCAGACAUUUGAGAGAAUUGUAGACAGGAAGGAUGCCACCAUCAAAGCUUUGGCUAAGGAUCUACAGGAGGCUGAUGAACAAUACUCCAUGUCACUGAGGGCUCAUCUACAGAGUACAGACAACCUUAUUGAUCAACACAGAAGCCGGAUAGAAUUCCUGAGGAAGCAGUAUGAGGAUGAGUUGGGGGUAAUUACUGAGGAAUUCGACACAGAGAGAGCCAUCAUGUUGGAUCAACAUAGCAGGGAGAUGAACGAGAUUUCUGAUAUUCUAUUUGCAAUGGACCAGAAUUUUCAGGAGCGAGAGAGGGAUGCCAAGUCAGAUUAUCAGAGUCUGGUGGAUGAGAUUCGGAAUAAAGAUAUGGAGGAGAUGCAUGGCUUGCGGCAUCAGCUGACAGAAAAAUUCAACUUCUACUGGAACGCAUUUGAACAAGCACGUAAAAACUACCAGGAAAAUAAUGCAGAAAGAAAAGCAGCGUUUGAAGAACUGAAGGCAAAGGAUGAUGUUUCUGCUCAGGAAAUUGACUUUCAAAUGAGGAAACUUCAACGUAUUUCAGAAAAUAUUGCACAACUGAAAGCCAAGAUGGCAGCCAAUGCAAAAGAGAAUGAGCAAAGAAACCGUUCGAUUAAAGAGGAACGAGAGAGAAUGUUGGCCCAUCUCCAAGAUCUGAAGGCUGAAAUGAACAAACUGAGGGAGGGAGAAAGAGCUAAACUAACGAAAAUGACAAUUGAGAGCAAUGGGGCUAUCAAAACCAUCAAAUCUAAAAUAGAAAAGGUUAAAAGUGUGAUUACCAUGACGGAAAUGUGUAGACGUUUAGAGACGGAAGAGGAGAAAGUCCUGCCAUUUUAUGCCUCAUCCCUCACUCAGGAGGAAAAGGAUGAUGUAGAGGCUGCCAUACAGGAACCUCCAUAUGAAAAACUGGCAUUGAUAAUGCACGACUUUACCUCACUGGAGAACUUCUGGAAACGAUACAAUAAGGUGGCCUUAGAUAAACUGGCCUUGGACAAGGAGAAGCAGACAUUGGUACAAGAAAACACCCAGCUUCGGAGCUUGCUGAAGCAGUAUCUGGACGGAAUAUCUGUCAAUGAAGAAAUACUGAGUCAAGUCAACCCACUUUUGGUUGUCAACAACAGAACCAAUGUAAACUUGAAUGUUCCUGUGGGUGAUCCUCGAGUUCGUAGACCAGUACCCCAGACUGUUGUGGAGGCAGCACACCAUUCCCAUCAUCUCAAACUCUCAUGAUGUCAUCAAUUAUUGUGUACUCUAAUGCAGUUCAGUUGACUGGGUUUAAUUCAGUAUAAAAAUACAAAAAUGAUAGUGCAAAAGAGAGGAGAUUGACCAAGUUUAUACCGUUAU